AUGGCGACCACACACCUUAACAAGUCCGUCAUCGCUGGCGGAAAUAUCAAGACCAUUAAAGCUCUGAAAAAGUACUGGAACUCGCCGGUGUCAGAUAUCGAGGACAAUUCGAACCAGGCCAAGUACACCAUGCUACAAAUGGCUAUACUUUUGAACAAGAAAAACCUCGUUGAGUACCUGAUCCCGCAGAAAGAUCUGGAUCUGACUACGCGAGCCACAGACGGAACCACGGCGCUUAUGACGGCGGUCGGGAAAAAUGUUCCUGUAGAUUGGAUACGAGCGAUGCUCGAACGUGGUGCAGCCGAUAAUAUCAACGUGGAAGACAAUGAGGGGAAAACGGCUCUGGACAGAUGCGAAAAGGACAGUGAAGUUUACAAACUCCUCGUCCAAUAUGGUGCGCAGCCAAGACCUUCCCCUCCCCCUACCCCGCCCCCGGAGCCUGAAGCCGACCACUCUCACGGUGCUAAUUCUACGGACAAGAAUGCUGCAACGGAGAACGGCACUUCCAAACCGGAGGAUGCAAUGGCAGCACUCGGUGGCACGCCCCCAGGCUGGGAAGAACACCCAGGGAUGUGGGCUACGAUGUGCGGCUGCGGGGGUCGACCAGGAAAAAACGGAAGCGAGAUUGUGGAGAUAGUCGACAACGAUCAACCGGUGCCCAAGCAUGCUUAA